UUUAUAUAUGUAUAAAUCAUCAACUUAUAAUGAAAUUUAAAUUUUUUUUCUAGGAUGCAUACCAUAUAGUCCGCUAUAGGGGUACAACGAAUGUGCUUGAAUGGAACGGCGUCAUCUUGCCCUUUCUAAAAAGGGCAAGAUUGGAUUCGAUUCGGCAUUUCAAUGGGAUCAAGAUCGACCGCCAACUCAUCACGGCGAUGGUAGAGAGAUGGCGAAAGGAGACACACUGCUUCAAUUUUCGUGAAGGCGAGUGCACCAUCACACUUAAGGACAUCGCCAUCUUAACUGAUCUCCCCAUCGAUGGUGAUGUUGUUUGUGUGGAUUCUACGCCAACACCUAAAGUUGUUGCCAAUAUGAGUGGUUGGCAACAUUUUAUAUGGACGGUCACCGGGUUGUGUCCACCAGAGAAAGGAGAUCACGAUGCGGAUGGUCAUCCACCAUUGUCCAAGGGCCAAGUAUCCAUCACUUGGUUGACAGCGGAGAUCAGGCGUAAGCACAACCCUGAGUUCGGAGGCAUUCCCCUCACGGAGGAAAGUUUGGAACGUGAUAAAGAAAUUUAUGCACGUAUCUACAUCCUCGGCAUGAUCGGAGGAGUCUUCUUCCCCAAGAAAUCCAACAACCUAAUCAGCAAAUCAUGGUUGAAGAUUGAUAGACCGUUAAUUACACAUGUUUUUACCCCUGUUCUUACCCCGUUUGAGAUAUGAUUUCUCGUAUUUUAGGCCGAUUUCACGCUAGGUUGUGCUUGUUUGUCAUAUUUCAGGUCCUAGUACGUGAAUGGAGGCUUGGGAGCGAGUUUGUGGUCGAUUGGAUGAAGAUCGGACGCGUGGCGAGGUGCUAAGGAAGCCACACGGGCAUGCCUGGACAACACACGGCCGUGCACCUCAUAUUGGUGGCCGUGUGAGAUUCUGCGAGAGCAGACAAGGCCUGCCCUGAUCAUCACACGGCCGUGCACCUCAUAUUGGUGGCCGUGUGACUUUCGCCGAGAGCAGACACGAGCAGAUGGGAAGCUCACACGGCCGUGCCACUCUGGCCGUGUGAGAAGCCUGAAGAUCGAACUUAAUGGAACGCGGCGUUUUGACUCACACGGGCAACUGGGUAUGCCACACGGCCGUGUGGCCCUGCCCGUGUGAGUCGGGAUUUCCUGGUUUUAACCCAAUUCCGGGCUGCAAGAGGGAGAAUCGGACUUCUUGAGCAAAAACAGAGCCCUAGAGAGAGAAAGUACGAAGAACUCACCCUAGAAGCCAUCUUGGAGCUGGGUUUCAUCAAAUCAAGCUUGGAGAUCGUC